AUGAUUUUGGUUAAUAUUAAAUUCUUAAUAAGAUUAAAGUUUUGUCUUCUUUUCUCUUAAUUAACUUUAGUUAAGGCAAUAGGAUGUCCUUUUUAGAUAGUAGGAUCCUCAUCCUAUAUGGCAUAAAUAUAAACUAUGAUACUUUUGAAAUCAUAUCCUCAGCAAGAUUUUCAAGAUAUCGUUGCGGUUGUCUACUACCCUUUCACUGUUGGAAUUUUUAAUUUCGUUAAAAAUGUUAAGUACACAACUAUUGAAUAAUCUGAAGAUGUUUAAUUCUACCAAAUUGAUAAAGAUGAUAGAUAAAACUUAUAAGUAACUGUUAUUCAUACCUUAGAUGCUAAAGGAAGAAUUAUUGGAUGGAACUCAGGAAAUGGAUCAAAGCAAAGUACUCUUUAAAUUCCUUCCUAAAUUUAAAUCAAUCCUAAAUCAUGUUUGAAUUCUGAAGAAUUAAUAGUUAUAACCUGGGACACAUCAAAUCUCUUUGUCAUCGAUUAUUCCUCUUCAACAAUUUCUGAUUCAAAAAUAACUACAAUUUGGCUGAAAUAAGCUUAGAUAAUUCAGUGUGUGAGCGAUAAGGCAAACAGAAGAUUUUUGCUUGUUGAUUCUUAAGGAGGUCUAUAUUCAUUUGAUAUUACCAGCUAAUUUUUUUAAAAGCUGUUUUAAAUAGAAAAAUUUGUUAAUUUUUAGUCAAUUUACACUACGAAAAAUUAGAUUUCUAUAACAUAUGCUUCAUAAAAUGGGUCUUUCUAUGUUUCUUCAUAUAAAAACUCAGUUCUACAGUUUUAGAAUAAUUUUCCUUCGGCUUCAACAUAGGUAUUGGUUAGCUAAGAAGAAGACUUUAUCAUAGUAAUAGGAGAGUCAAAUUUAUUUUAGGUAUGGUCAAUUGAAUAAAAUAUCUUAGUAUAUCAAGCAGAUUUCUAAAAAAUUUAUUGCGAUCAAAGAGAUGCAAACUAAACUUCAGUAGAUUCUACAAUUAAUUUUACUUUUGGAUCUAUCAAUCAAAAAAAUCAAAUAUCAGUUGUUUCUGAUAAAUACAUAUUUGUAUACUCAUUAGAUGAGAAAAGUCCUCUUUUUUUUAAAAAUUAAGCUUAUGAGACAACACUUAAAUGGACCUAAGCUUUUGUAGUUGAGAAUUAAGUAGUGACAUGUUUCUAAUCUUCUGUUUCUACUUUAGAUCUCAAGACAUCUAAAUUUAUUUAUUUCAUGGACUCCUUUCAAUCGGCUUAAUCAUCUUAUGAUAUAGUUAAAUAACUUUAAAUUGACUCUGAUUUUAAUAGAAUAAUUAAAUCUGAUUAAGCAGGAACUAUAUAGUAUUGGUCAUUGUUUGACAACUAACUAGAAAAAUAAAUAAGCUAUAUUAACCAUGAGUCUAUCUUUUUUAUAGAUAAGUCAAUCAAUAAACUCAUACAAUACUAAACUUAUACAGCUACUGGCUAAACAUUGAUAGUAAUCUAUGAUUAUUUACUCGGAGUAUUAAUUGAUAAUAUAAUAAGUCCUUUUGGAUAGAGCAAUCUUUAAGAUUUUAUACUUAUUUAAGAUAAGCAAAAUAAGCUUAUCAUAGGAUUUGUAAUGCAAACAACAUAAUAUGUAAUAUACAAGCUUGAUAGCAGUUUAGAUCACUCACUAAUAUUUAGCGGAGUACUUCUACAAAAUGGUGUAAUCGAUGGUGAAAUCAUUUUGUUAGAAUAAAAAUAACAAAUCUUAAUAGGAAUUAAUGGAUAUCUAUGUUUAUUCAAUUACUAUUAUUCAAGUGGAGAUAGUAAUUAAUAAAUAAAUUUACAAAAUAAUACUGAUUAGGUUAUAUCAUAUUUUUAUCUUAGCUAUGCUUUAACUCUAAUUUCAGUCAAGUAAUAGAAUAUUUAGAUAUAUCAAUAUGAUAGCAAUACCUUUAAUUUAAUCAACAACCUAAACUACGAUGUAGGAUAACCUUAAAUAAUAUAUUUAGUUGAUGAAUAACAAACACUUGUUUUAAAUAAAGGAAAUCAGCUUUGUUUUAUGAAUUAUCAGAAUUAUAAACAAUAAGUAUUGAAUCUAAAUGAUUAAUCAGUGCAAUUUUUCGCAUUUGAUGGGCCUUAAGGCUUGCUAAUAGCAAUAUUAAGCAAUUCAAAAAUUAUUGUUGUAGAUAUUGGUACUACAAAUUUUCUCUAUCAAAUAUAAAUAUAUUCUAAUGAAAUACAAACAGUUGAUAUUUAUACUGACAAAUAAUUAGUUAUGGUUGCAUAUAAUGAUGGAUAGAUCAUUUUAUAUAACUAUAUAAACAAUAUUAUUCAAAAUGUAUUCAAUAAUGCCUAUCCAGCUGCUGCUAAAGAUUUAGACUCAAAAUAUAAUACCCUUGCCCUAUAGUCGAAUGUAUUUAUAUUUACAAGAACUUUGGUAGAUAAUUGCUUAAUUAAUUAAAUAGUUAGCCCUAAUUAAUUAAAUAGCUUUUAUAUUGAUGUAAAAAGUGGUUUAACUCUAAUGCUAUCAAGCUAAAUACAGCUGUAUAAUUAAAUAAUAUAGCAAUAUAUUUCAAGCUCGCCAGCUAGCAUUGAUUUAACUGAUUCUUAUAUAAUAUAUUCAAUACCAUAGUAAAAUUACUUAUUUGUUGGAUUUGCAAACGUAACCUCCAACUAUGUGAUUGUGUAUGAACUUGAUACAUAUAAGCAGAUUGGUAGGUUGAAUCAUAAUGUUUCUUAGUGUGUCACAAUAUAUAAAUUUUUCUAUGACGAAUAUUUAAAUAGACUUUUUGUAGGUUGUUUUACGCCCGGAACUAUAGUUGUUUGGGAUUUAUCCAGAAACUUUUAAUUAAUUUAAGUUCUUGAUCAGAUAGAAUCUGUCUAUAGAAUUACAGGAGUAAUUUUUAAUCCUUAAGAUAAACUUAUCAUGUUUCUUGGGUAUGUUUGGUGGUCAAGAUCGAUAGAUUAUUAUACCUUAACUCAUAGGUGCACGAUUGCAGGAUUAAAUGCGAAAUUUGACUUCACUAACAAACUACAAAUAGUAUGGGAUCACAAUGGUAGUGUUAGAAUUUACAAUUAUAACUGUGAUAAUAUAGGCUAUAUAGAUGCUCAUGAGAAUUGGAUAUACUAAGGUCUGAUUGAUGAGUAAAAUUAAAUUCUAAUCACUGUUAGCAAAGAUAGAUAUGUAAGAACUUGGAAUUAUAAGAAUUUGCCUUAUCCAAAUAAAAUGUACGAGGUAUAGCUUUAAAAUCCACUAUAUGAUGCUUUUCUUGACAAGGAUAAUAAUUAUGUUUUUGUAUCAGAUUUUAAUGGUUUUAUUUAUGUAUUAACAUUUCCAAAAUUAACUCUUGUUAGAUAAAUGCAAGUGACUAAUUCUUAAAUAAAUAAUCUUUAUUUUGAUUCAAAGCACAACAUGCUAAUAUUUGGAUGUUUAGCUUCUAAUACAAUAGGUUAUUAUAAUCUUAUUUAAUUCAUAUAAUCGUUUGCUAAGACUUUCUCUUAUUCGUAUGUAGGUGUGAUGUCAACUCUUUAAACAUAGUAAGGAAUUAUAUUCUAUCAAGAAGGUAAUGUUGUUUAGCUUUGGGAUUAUAAGUCUAAGUAAUUAAGAUAUGGAUUUUAUGUUGCAGAUUAAGGUAGAGAUUUCUAUAGUGAUUUCGUUCUCAUCGUAGGUUCAACUUCAAUUGCUGCUUUACUAACUCGUGAAUAAACAGUAUUUUUUGAUAUAAAUAUUUUAUCUAUAAUUAAUGUCUAAAAACAAAAAUGUUCCAGACAUACCUAAAUACAAGGAUAUUUAAUCUGUUCAUAUGUCAAUAAUAUAACAAUUUUAGAUGUGAAUGAAUAUAUAGUAUUUUAAUAAAUUUCGAUUGAUAAUAACUCUUCUGUUAUAGAGCUUAAAGCUAUUGUGCAACUUAAAACUUUUUUUGUAACUACAACUUAAGGAUAGGUAAUCGGUUACACUCUUAAUCUUUCAUCAUAAUAGUUAUAAUUCAACUAAAUAUUUAAUUUAUAGCUCCUCAGUGAAGCGAUAGUAAAUAGCUUGUUUAUAGAGUAAUCUAAAAGCUAUAUUUUAAUAGCUUCUACUUUAAGUGGAUAAAUUGCUUAAAUGGUAUUAUCUUAAGAGCUUGUUAUUUUAAAAUAAUAAACACUUUUGCUACCUGGAAUAACCUCUCACGCCCACAUUCUAUAAUACACCAAUGGUUAUGUAUUUAUUAAAAGAAUACAGGAUUUUUAAUUAAAUUUAUUCAAUCCUUAUGACUUGACUCUAAUAGGCUAAGUUUCUAGCCCCUGCAUUGGAUAUUCUUAUAAACUUGAUAUAAGCUUAGAUUUUGAUUAUAUUAUGUAAAGUUGUCUAGGAAUUUAUCAAAUUAAUGAGCUUUCAACUUUAAAAUUAGUAUCUUAUGGAAGAUUUACAUCUACCCUUCUUUAAUAUCCUGUAAACCCCUAAUUUACCCCAGAUGAUAACAAGAUAAUUUUCAUCAAUAAAGAUUAUUUUUUUGAUGCUUACACUUUUCAAAUAUAGACCUAUAGAAUUAAUAGACUUAACUAAACAAUAACGCUGUUGGGUAUUUAUACAUAGGAUUUCUAGAGAAUUGGAAAAGUAGCAGAUUAUGAAAUAUUUGACACAGAAGAAAAUGUGUAUGCAUAGCUUAUUUUAUACUCUGGAAUAUAGAUAGCUUAAAUAUAACUCCCUAUAUUUGGCUAAUCAAUCUGUUAAGAGUAGAUUACUUCAGACUAAUUUGCUUAGGUAUUAUAAUCUAUUCAAAAAAUUUAUCUAUAGAUAUAUAACUACUUUCCUAUUUAAUAACUUAUCUUUGAUGUAUUGAUUGAAGGAUAAACAAUUUUACCACCUUUUCCUCCUUUUUAGUUCUCAAACCACUCACAAGUGAACAUUAUUUCAAAAAAUAAUACAACACAAUACAAAAUAAUUGCCAGUGAAGACCUGUUUACUUCAUUUUCAGGAUAUGAUCUUUCCAAAUUUAAUAAGUCUAUUUAAAAUUUCAGGAAUUCUUAGUAUGUUGCUCCUAUUUUUAUUUCUAAUUACUUUAACGUUUCUUUUUCAGAUAUGAGUUUAAUCUCUAAUAAUGGUGUAUCUUUACCAUUAAUAAAAAGUUACCUAAUUUAAAAUCUAUAGAUUAAUAGCACUCAAUUUACAAAUAAUAUAAACUUGAUGUUCCUAUAAUAUAAAAAAAUAUUAAAUUUAGAUGAAAAUAUUUUUGAAAUCAUUUAGUAAAUAAAUAAUGAUAAUAUCUAAGUUUAGAAUGUAACUUUAAGUAAUAAUACAUUUAAUGACGUAAAGUAGUAUUGUGCACUAGAAAUUAUAAGUCAGACUUUGAAGAUAAUUGAGUUUUAUAUCACCUAAAAUAGUGAUUUUACUAAACAAAAUAUUAUUGUAUCUAUUAAAACAAUUAGUGAUUUUAAUCUUGAUAAAUUUGUUGUUAGUAUGAACUAAGGGUUUUAUAAUUUGGCUGUUAUAUAAAAUUAAAAUUAAGGCACUCUUCAAAAUGCAGAAAUAACAAAUAACUAUGCAACUUAGGCUUUAAUGAUUACUUAGUCAAUCCUCUAAAUUUUAAACUUAUAGCUUUAGCACAAUUAAUCUGGUGGAUUAAAUCAAUUGAAUUCAAUUAUCAACAUUGACUAAAAAUCAUUAGUUAAUAUAAAAAACUCAAUUUUUAAAAAUAACUUAUCUAAUUCAGGUGGUUCAAUAUUUUUGUCAUAAAGUGAGCUAUAAAUUUAAGAGUCUUUUUUUGGCAGUGAUUAAGGUUUAUAACAUGGAGGAUCAAUAUAUUCUACAUAUUCUAAUUUAAAAAUAAAUGAUUCCUAGUUUUUAAAUUCUAAAUCAAAAAAUGGAGGAAGUAUUUAUUUUGAAAAUGGAAUCUUGAUAUUAAAUAAAAUAUAUGCUCAAAAUUGCUAAUCUGGUCAGAGUGGAGGAUAUGCAUAUAUUAAUUAAGCCACCUAAUUAUAAAUCUCCAGCUUUAGUUCAUAAUAUUGUAAAGCUUUUAGUGAUGGAGGAGUUCUGUAUAUAACUCAAUCUAAUGGAAAUAGCUCUUAUAUUGUGGACUCUAUUUUUUAAAGUAACUAAGCAUUAGGGAGUGGAGGAGUCAUUUUACUUUAUAAUUCAGAUAUUAUAAUUUCGAAAUCAAACUUCGUAAAUAAUACAGCUGGAAUAGGAGGAGUCAUAAGAUAUUUAGAAUUAAAGCCUUAGUUUUUAAUUCACAGAGACCACUCUUAUAGAGAUUCUUGUAAAACAUUUAGUCAGAAUUAGUGCAAAUCUAAUAAAGCUAUUAUCUUUGGUGAUUAUAUUGCAAGUUAUCCUUAAUUUGCUUCUAUUUUACCAAGCAAAGAUUUCGAUGUGGAUAUUAAAAAUUACCCAAAUAUUAUCUUUAACAAUUUUAGAAGCGGGUAAAGUAACUUUGACUUGACUAUUUAAUUUUUAGAUGAAUUUAAAAAUUAAGUAAAACAGAUAGAUUCAUAAAAUCAAACUUUGGUUAGUUAAAUUAGUUAUGAUUUAUUCUAAGAAAUAAGCUCAUAUGAUUGUAGGAUAAAUAUUUAAUAAAGUAGUAUAUUUUUAUAAGAUCAAAUUGUAAAAAUAGAAGGUGCAACAAAAGUUGAUUAUGCUUAUUACUCAUCCAAAAAAAUAGGAUGUUUUAUGAAUAAUUUUAAAAUUACUGGAGUUCCAUCUAAAAACGCUUUUAUAUAACUUUCACUCAAUGGGAUGAAGACUCUAAAUAGCACUAAUCAAUUUAUUAAUGUAGAUAAUAUAGAAAUAUCUAUAUAUUUUAGAAGUUGUUAAGCUGGUGAGUACUAUAAUUCAGUAUGCUAAGGUUGUUAAUUGUAAGAGUGUAUUUAAUGUUUAAAUGGAACAUAUUCUCUCAUUUAUCCUUAAAUAGGAGAUCAAAUUUAAUGCAAAAGUUGUGACAAUUAAAAAACUAGUUUUUGUGAGUUAAACCAAAUUGUGUUAAGGGAUAAUUACUGGAGAUUAAGUAAUAAUUCUGAUGAUAUAUACUAAUGCGAUUAGCUUUCAAAUCCUUGCAAUGGAGAUUCAUCAAAAGGGUACUGUUAAGAGGGACACACAGGUGCUUUAUGCUCAUCUUGUGAUAUUUAAGGGUAAGUAUGGGGAAAUAAAUAUGGAAAAGUUAAUUAAAUAGGUAAGAAAAGUAUUGAAUGCUCUUUAUGCUCUUCUAUUUAAAAUAAUUCUUUUAAAUAAAUAUUAUUACUCUUAGGAAUAGUACUCUAUCUGGUUUUUUUAAUUUUAGAAUCUUAAAAUAGUAAUUGUAAAAUAUGCCAAAUUCGUAUUAUAUCCUCACUUAAAAUUCUCUAAAUGGGAGUAUCAUAGUUUAUAUUUUAAUCUACAGUCAUAUCCAAAAUCUUUAUAAAUUAAUUUUAUGUAAUCACUGCUUUGAAGUCUAGUAUUGGUCUUACUUUCCCAGGAUUAUUCUAGAGCUUAUUUACCUUUCCUUAAACGACUUCAUAGCCAAUAUUGGUGUUUUUAUAUUCAAUAGACUGCAGCUUGAGUUAGUUAAAUUCUUAAAUACCAAUCCAAUACUUGAGAUUUAUAUACAUCUCAAUCGUUCUUCCAUGUGUGUUUUUGCUACUAAUUUAUAUAUCUAUUAACUUAUUUUUUAUUGGAGUGGAAUAUUUUAUGCCUAGUCAAUACUAUAAUACUUAAAUUAAAUAUAAUAAUGUUAACAUGUCAAUUAGUACUAUAAUUGUAUUCAGUUAUCUUGCUUCAUAGAAUAUUUACUAGGCUGCAUUAGAAAUUAUUAUUUGUGAAAAGUUUGGAGAUACUUACUACAUGAAAAGUUAGAUGGAUUAACAAUGCUAUAAUGAUGAGCAUAAAUUCUACAUAGUAUUUUUAGUACUUCCUGUUUUAAUAGCAGUCAUAAUUAUCUAUCCUAUAAUUAUGUUAUAUGUAUUAUUUAGAAACCAUUCUAAAAUGUUUGAUAAUAUUUCAACAAAUGUUAUAAGAAGAUAUGGAUAUUUCUUUUAAGGUUUUAAGAGAAACAGAUGGUGGUGGGAGUUUAUCAAAACUUGGUAUAAGAUAAUAAUUCUAUUUUUGUCAACCUACUACAAUAAUUAACCUCAAAUUUAGUUGAAUUCAGUUAUAUUUGUAUAGUCAAUUUACUGUGGUUCUAUAAUACUCUUUAAGCCAUAUUAAGAUCAUAAAAUAAACAAGUUAGAGUCUGAUUCAGCCACUUAUGUUCUCUUAAUUUUCUGGAUUGCUUUGUUUGAGUAGUGGAAUGAUGAUAAAAUGUAUCUUAAUUUUAUUUUUUCAAUUACUUUGGUAGUAUUAUUAAUAAUGAUGUUUGGAUAAUUAGCAAUGAGUUUUCUUGGCGUAAUUUUUAGAAGAAAUUAAUACUUCUUUUUAAAAAGUACGUGUUGUCUUAAGGUAUUUUAAUAUAUAUCAAGAAAGAUAUUAAAUAACUAAACAUGGAUUCAAUAGUACUUGUUUAAAAAUAAUUUUUUACUAUAUAAUUUGUUUUUUAAUUAAAAAUAUGAUCCUUUCAAAGUUUUUAAAAAUUGGUCAAAAGUAAGAUAAUCUAUUUAAAAAGAAGAUUAAAGCAAAAUCUAAAUUGAACAAUUUUAGAAUUUAAAUAAUUCAAGUGUAAACAAAGAAUUAGAUUCAAAAAAAGAUUUUACUAAAUAACCAAAGUAGCUAUUCUCAUUUUAAUUUAAUAAUUCUCCAGUUUCUUUAAGAAUUCCAACACCACCACUAUUUAAAAAACAUUCAAGAUAAAAAUUUAGUAUGAAUAAAUAUGGUAUUAAUAGAAAAUAAUUUGACAAAAUUGAUGAAGAAAAAUAAAAUUGA